AUGUUCGAUGAAAUCCAUCUACCGGACUUGGCCGCCUGGAACUCUGUCUUGUCUGCGCUCUCUCACUGUUCAUAUGUAGAAACCCUCUUACUGUUUAGAAGGAUGCUGGAGGAUUCUCGUGUAAAUCCCAAUGAGAUUACACUUGUGGCUGUUGUAAGCGCUUGCGGUGAUCUAGGUGCGCUAGCGCAGGGUUUUUGGGCCCAUUCUUACAUACUUAGGGGCGAUUGUCUAUCGAUCAAUCGCUUUGUCGGUACUUCUCUUGUAGAGAUGUACUCGAAAUGUGGCCGACUGGAUUUUGCGGAGCAAGUGUUUGGUGAACUGUCAAAAAGAGAUGUGACAUGUUAUAAUGCGAUGAUACGAGGUUUUGCUAUCCAUGGAUUUGGACACCGUGCAAUCGUACUCUUUGAGAGGAUGAUAACCGAAGGAGUGAGAGUGGACGAGGUGACAGUGCUUGUACUAAUGAGCGCGUGUGCUCACUCUGGGUUGGUCGAUGAGGGUAGACAUCUGUUCAAUAGGAUGCAAAAGGAUUUUGGGAUUGAGCCGAAGGAGGAGCAUUAUGGAUGCUUGAUUGACCUCUUGGGCCGAGCUGGCAAGCUCAAGGAGGCUGAGAAUGUGGUUAGGAAAAUGUCCAUUAAACCUACUGCAGCAGUGUAUCGAUCUUUAUUGGGAGCCUGUAGAGUUCAUGGAGAUAUCAAAUUCGGAGAACGUUUAAUUGCUCGAGUAAUGCAAUUGGACCCAGGUUAUGGAGGGAAUUAUGUGUUGCAAUCCAACUUGUAUGCAGAUAUUUGUCGAUGGGAUGAUGUUGGGAGGGUGAGAAAGGUCAUGAAGGCGAAGGGUAUUGAUAAGACGCCGGGUCUUAGUUCAAUUGAGAUGGAUGGUGUUGUGCAUGAGUUUGUGAUGGGAGAUAAGGGACACCCGCGAUGUGGAGAUAUAUAUGAUUUGCUCGACGAUAUUGGAAGGAGAUUGUGCGAGUAUGGACAUAGGCUGAGGGCAAAUGAUGCAGUGUUUGUCGUCUAA